UGAGUUCUCGCGAUGCUUCCUCUCCCGGAAGCACCGGAGGACCUUCCCAGUUAACGGCGUCGCGAUGUGUGGGGACUGUGUGGAGAAGGAAUAUCCCAACCGGGGUACCAUCUGCCUGGAGAAUGGGUCUUUCUUGCUGAACUUUACAGGCUGUGCAGUGUGCAGUAAGCGGGAUUUUAUGCUGAUCACAAACAAAUCUUUGAAAGAGGAGGAUGGAGAAGAAAUAGUUACCUAUGAUCAUCUUUGUAAGAAUUGUCAUCACGUAAUAGCCAGGCACGAGUAUACGUUCAGUAUCAUGGAUGAAUUUCAGGAGUAUACCAUGCUGUGUCUGUUAUGUGGUAAAGCCGAAGAUACUAUCAGUAUUCUCCCUGAUGACCCCCGACAAAUGACUCUGUUACUCUAAGGAUCCUUCUGCAGUUCUGUUGUAAUGAUGUUGUGUUGGUUUACAAUAUAGGAAGACUGAUGGUUUGUCUAACUUAGUUUAUAAUGGAAAUUAUUUGCAUAUUAUUUUUUCUGCCUAAGCAUACCUAUUCCUUGAGAGAAAAGGUAAUUUAGGGGAUUGCUGUUCUCUAGAGCUGAUCUCUUCUACUAAAGUUCUCUGCACAUCAGUGCAGCCAGAAUGAAGCAUUUUUGUUAGCAAUUAUGUGGCUAAAAAAUAAUCAGGAUGGGAGCACAUCUAGUGCCCAGAUCUUGAUUCCAAUAAAAGGAACUAGAACUCAUUGGAGAAAUGACUUGAGUCUAGGGCUGGGGCAGUAAAUAUGCAAGAUGAGCUUGGAGUAUCUUGAGCCAGAAAAAAAAGGGAGGUGCUCAAAAGAAAAAUCACAAUGAUUGGGAAUAUAUCAAAGGGACAGAGGAGCCAGCUGAAGGAGCUCCCAGUGACCAAAAUUGGAACAAUUUGAGCAACAAAAUAAAGUAGUAUUAGAUUAUAACCCAAACUAUAAAAUAAACAUUCAUAAGUCCAUACUGUUAUAAAUGAAUGAUUCAAUAAAUAAAAACAUAAAUUGAAGACAAUAGACAAAUUCUGCAUGCAGAAUAAUUUCAAAUAAUGUAUGUGGAUACCCUUCACUCCUUAAGUGUGUGAUUGCAUAGUGACUUCCUUCCAAAGGGUAUAGUAUGGAAAGUGGGAAAAAGUUGCUUUACGGUGGAGAAACCUGACAAACAGUAGCCAGGCCACCAAGAUCAGCAUCACUGAUGAUAAGCCUCGUUGACAGCACGUACUCUUGAUAUGAGGUGAUGAGAAUGGCACUUUACCUUUGUGGUCUUCCUCCUGUAAACCAUCACCCCAGUCUAAUCAUGAGAAAAAUCUCAGACAAAUCCCAGUUUAAUGAAAAAUCCCAGUCAAGGAAAAUACCUGACCAGUACUCCUCAAAACUGUCAAAGUCAUCAAAGGCAAGGAAAUCUGAGGAACCCUCACAGCUAAAAAGAGCCCGAGAGGCGCGGCUGUUAAAUAUAAGGUGGUGUCCUGAAUGAGAUCUGCGCCAGCAAAAGGACAUUCGAUGAAACUAGGGAAAUCUGAAUAAAAUGUGGACUUUAGUGAAUAUAAAUAAAUAGCAUAGUUUCGAUUGCUCCAAAGGGAUCUUAGAAUAUCUUACUUUGCAUAGUUGAAAGAACACAGGCUUGGGUGUUGUAAACCCUAGCAUUUUGGCCUCUGCCAUUUGGUAGCAGUAUAACCUUGAAACAAAGAAUUACUCUGUAUUUUAUUCUCUCCCUUCUAUGAAAUUGGGCUGAUAAAAAUUGUUACUAUACUUCCUUCACAGGAUUGUUAGAAGAUCCCAAUGAAUAAUGAAUGUAAAAUGCUUUGGAAGGCAUAUAAAAUACUAGAUGCAAUGAGAUAUUUUCAGUUCUUCCCAUUCUGCGAUCAAAGCUUAAGGGUCAAGCAUUAGAAACAAAAUUGUUUCCUAUUCAUAGCUCAAGACAUUCUGAACUGAGUGAGCAAAGUUGUUAUCAGGGAAAAGCUUUGUUUUGUAACAGGAAAAAUUCUAAUAGCUGAGGUUUAAUGAGUACUUACUAUGUACCAAGGCCUUUUUAAGCACUUGUUUAAUCCUCAUUAACAGUUCCCUGAGGUAGAUACUAUUGUUAUCCCAAUUUUAGAGCCAGAGAAACUAAGGCAUAAAGAAAUUAACUACUCCAGGUCACACAGUUAGUACAGUGACUCCCUGUCAACAACAGAGUUCAGUGCACAUGAAGUGUGAGGGUCCGGCAGGGUUAGGAAGAGGUUGAGAAUAUCAGUGACAGCAUAUUUAGGCAGGUCAGAUCAAGACUUAUCCAGAAAAGUUAAGGCAGCUGUUCCUUAGGGAUCAGUUGUUUUAUUCCUGGAAAAUGUUUUCCACUUUCUGCAAAUCUAUAUCUGACCUGCUGAGGAAAUCGUUUGGUGAAAUGAAUCCAGAAAGCAGAGAAAAUGUUUCAUUACUUGAAAUAGCAGCACUAAGCCCAUUAUAGCUUCUGAAUUGUCCCUUCUUGGAGUUUGCUAAUGCUUCCAACUUAGUCGUUUGGAACUCAAGAGUACGAGUUUAUAUGCCUCUCCUGAUAGCCUCAUCUCUAAAAGAGUAUAUAACUGUUUAUUUUGGACUUAUAUUACAAAAAUUUAAAACAUAAGAUUCUAUCCAUGUAUUUCAUUAUUAAGCCUACAUUGUACUAUGUUUUGUGAUACUUCAUCAUCUUCUAGAAUUCUUUUGUCGAUCUAAUAGAAUAAAGACCUCUUGAACUCA